AUGAAUAUCACAUCCCGAACUCACGCUGCCGCCGCCGACGAGAUCAAUUGUCUGAUAAGAGAGAAGCUUAUACCAAUGAGGCUUUACAAUGCCCUUCAAGGUUUUCCUGGCGCUACAAUCAUAGGCACAACCAGCACCAGAGGCAAGCAGCCCGACUACGGUUGGUGUCCUAAAAGGACACCCCGUCAAUCUGGUCCCGCUGAGCCCAAAAUGCCCUCGACUGUAAUUGAAGUAAUGUAUACUGAGAAUCAUGAGAAACUUAAUUUGGAUGUUCGAUAUUGGUUGAGUCCCAACGAGGAGAAUGUCAAAAUGUGUCUAACAUUUCGAGUCGAUCGCGAAAAUAACGAGAUCCGGAUGGAAAGUGGGAUACGACAAGAAGCAGGCAACAACAACAACAACCGCACACGAAUCUAUCGCAAUCAGGUUAUAUACGCGCGGAUGACGACAAAGGGCCGCCCAAUAGUGUCUGGGGAUUACCCCUUUUGGAUCCCCUUCGACAGCCUAAUGUUACGACCGAUAGAUACUGGAAGAGCCGAAAAGGAUCUCAGAUUCUUAAAAGCAGAUUUGGAGAGGUUUGCUGAGUCUAUCUGGAAUGCAGAGUGGGAGUAA